UAGUAGUAAAAGCAAAAACGCGACACCGUAGCAUAACUGUAUCAAAGUACCAGGCCGAGGUCUUUCGCGAGUUGGCAUGCGCGUCGACCCGACAACUAACUCUGCGGCUUCACUUGCGCUGUGCGAAGCGACCAUGCCUCGGCAAUCAAGCCAGCUUAGAGCGUCCUUCUAGGAUGCCGUGAGCCAGGAGAGGCUGAUCCCCGAGCUGCUGGUGCGGCGUUGCUGGGUGGGGGCACGCAAUGCCUGGAGACCCAGAAACCCUGGCGCUGGUGUUCAUGCGGUAUGCCAGCCGACAAGAUGGAAACAACUGGGUGGUGCGGCCUCAGGGGCUGCGGCGCAUGCUGAGAGACAUGAGGAUGCUGGACGGUGUGGCGCCCGAGUUUGUGGACGCCUACAUACGACAGCUGUACCUGCGGGCGGACAUGGACAGGGACGGCGCGCUGUCGUUUGACGAGUUUGUGUUGUGGUACGUGUCCGAGGCGGCCGCGCUACUGCCGUUCGGCAAAUGGAGCUGCCUGUACCGAGGCAACCACGGACUGACGCCGCUGUACAACCGCUACGUACGAAUAUGCACCUGUCUGGAGCUGGCACGGGCUGGAGGGGGCUGCGGCGCGGGCAGUGGCGGCGGGGCAGCCGGGAGCCCGGAGCGCUGGCGGCCCAAGUGGCUGGCGCUGGGAGGCGGGGCCGGGGACGGCGGGAGCGGGGGCGGGGGCCGGAGCUGGGAGGCGGACAGCGUGCGGCGGCAGGCGCCUGGUCUGACGGUGAUGCAGCUGGUUGACAUGAUGGCGGCGGCCCGGGUGACUAGCGGCAGCCGCCGGGAGGAGGGCGAGGUGGCGGGAGCGGCCAAGGUGGCGCUGCAGGGCUGCCGGGCGGAGCGUGUGCGGGCGGAGCGCGUACACGGCCAGCUGGAGGGCGCCAACCAUCUCAACUGGCUCAACUUCAUGCGGGCACUGGUGCUCAGUGCGUCUAAGGGCGCCGGGCUGGCGUCAGUCAUCCUGCGGGUGAUGGCGGAGGGCAGCCCGCCGCCCGCCCGCCUGCCGCCGCCGCCGCCACCCGGCGAGGACAACGAGCUCCUGGACAGCCUGUUCAUGUCCAGCGACGUGGAGGGGGGCGCGUUCGACAUGCGCCAGGAGUGGCCGCCGGGCAGCGGCACCAGCCACCCGCUGUGGAUCCUGGACAGCCCCGCCCGACUGAGGGACCAGGCGGAGGCGGCGCGCGCCAUUUUGCGCGGACCGCUGCGGCAGCUGACGGCGGGCAGCAGCGGCGCCGCCAGCUCCCCCUCCUACACGCCAGUGCCGCAGCUGUCACGGCUGUGCGGGCGCAACCUGCGCGCCGCAUUCCAGCGCUACUGCGCCAAGUGGAACAAGGGUCCACUGCCACCACACAACCCGACGCCAGCGCCCAAGGCUCAGGACGGCGGCGACAGUGCCAGCAAGGCACCAGGCGCAGGCACUGGUGCCGGCAAACCGGCCGCGGCUGCACCGUCGCCUGAGCCGCUGGAGGACCCGUGGGCUUGGUACUGGGGCGCCUGCUGCUGCUGCUUCCGCUCCCUAACACUCAUGGAAAUGUCGGCGUGGCUGCGUGUGGUGGGUGACUGCGCCACGGUGCGUGCCGCCCUGAUGGCGCCCGGCUCCGGCCUGACGCCGCGGCGGCUGGAGCACGUGUUCACGUUGUCGGCCAGUGUGGCAGGCGUGUACCUGGGAGACGACACCAGCGGUGUGCACGACCUCACAGUCACCUCCGGGCCCAGCUCGCCACUGCAGCAGCUGCCGCGUGGCCGGGCCACCCCGGGGCUGGGGCCGGGCAGCAGGUACGGCCACGUGACCAAGAGCAUGGAGGGCCUCCGCCACAGCCUGCGCGGCAGCCUGCGGGGGUCGCUGCAGCAGCAGGCCGCAUGGACGCCGCUGCGGGACCGCGAGACCGAUGCGGGCGGAGGCCCCGCCACAUCGUCGCCGCCCGCGUCACCUUCUGGGAGGACCGGAGGCCACCGCGCCCCUGUCCUGGCGCUGAGCUAUGUGCAGUUCCUGGAGGCGCUGCGGCUACUGGCUGAGGAGAUGGUGGGGCACCCCGUCACCAACGCAAAGGUGGACGCGGUGCUGCUGGCCAUGCUGAGCGACAUCACCGCCGAGCCCUUCCCGCGCCAGGACGCCACCAGCUGUGUGGGGCUGGGGCCGGGGCCGCCCAGCAGGACGUCAAGGCCGCCCUCGGCACCGCCGUGGUAGCUGCGUGCGAUAGUCGCGGUGAUGCGUAACCUGUGUGUGCGCUGAUGGAGACCAGGACGCCAGGCGGAGGUAUAAUGACACCGUAUGCUGUCGGGCUGUCCAGCGGUGUUGAUAGGACUAUGCCAGUCCAGCCGUGACGGCGUGUCCCGGAGGCACAGCCGAGCGUAGAUGGCUGGCAGGUGUGGCAUAGGUGCGAGUGUGCGAUGCGGGGAGCAUUCAGCUAUGUCUCUGCACCAUACCGUAUGACAGCCACUGAUGCCUUGUGAGGUUUCACAUGUGCUGCUGGCCAAUCCGCGCAAAUCACAAUUAACAAUUAGAGCACCCGAUUAUGGAUGCGGAUGUUACAGAGGGGACAGUCCCAGCUCCCGAAGACGCCGAGCCAUCACAUGCUAUCAGGGCCCAACCCCGACUUUG